CAUGAGGCCUGGUAUGAACUCCAAUGCUAACACAUCUAAUCAAAGAAAAGUAGUAACAAACUAUGUGAUUUUGGAAGUAGUUCCGGUGACAAUCGAAUACUCUUAAAAAAUCAUGAAUGGCAUUGAAGAGGUCGAUCACGCGCGGAAGAUCGGCGUACCACCAGGGUCCAGCGCCUGGAAAGUCAUCACAGAGGUAUUCCUUGUUACUAAUUAUAGCCCACUCCUAUGGGAAGUGUCGGACACUUGUUAAACUGCUUACUUGUUAACUUCUCACGGUGUAAACAGUAACCACAGACCUGAGUGGGACGCCAGACAUUUGUGGGCAAAUAUCCUAGCUCCUCCAAGUACAGUUCAGGUCAAGGAUAAGACACCCCAUAGCUGUGUUCUUCCAUGUGAUGUUCCGGUCUGCGGCUGUUGUAGCUUAUCUAUUCUGUGGCUGGUUUAGCAGUAGCUUCAUCACCAACUUUGUCCUAAUUGUCAUUCUUCUAUCAAUGGAUUUCUGGACUGUCAAAAACAUUACAGGAAGAUUACUGGUGGGACUGAGAUGGUGGAACUACGUAGACGAUGAUGGUGUUAGCCAUUGGGUGUAUGAAUCCCGGAAGGGAAUUCACCAGAAGAAGAUAACAGCCGCUGAAUCCAGGAUAUUCUGGCUUUCACUGGUGGCUUGUCAAGUCAUCUGGAUAGUUUUCUUCUUUGGAACUUUAUUUACUCUUAAUUUUAAAUGGUUUAUGGUGGUGUUAGUUGGGACAAUAAUGAAUGGUGCUAACAUGUAUGGCUACGUUCGAUGUAAAUACGGAUCAAAGAAGAAGCUGACGUCAGUCGCCAGUGGAUUCCUCGGUAGACAGUUAUGGAAAUCAAUGACAACACCAGAGCCAGAGGAGCAAAGCCAAAAGUAAUCUGUAGAAGAUGACCUGUGUGUGUAAACUGACUGAAACAACAAAUGGUCCUCGGAGUAGUGUACACGAUAUGCACCAGACUAUAUUAAGGAUUGGUUGUCAUAUUUUUGACGUUUAUUGGCGUGUAAACUACAUGGGGCUUGCGAUAUAUUUCAUGGUGCGCGUUAGCAAAUAAUUUAUUUUUUUUUUAUUUAAAUGCAUAUUCCGUCUUUGCGUAUUUCAGAGUUAUC